AUGCCGGGACUAAUCGAAACACCUCUCGCUUCUCUCCAAGCCACCAAAGCAAGCAUUUCGCGGAAAUAUGAUGUUACAAAAAACGGGUUCUUACCCAGCACAGCGCCGCUGAAACAGCUUACCAAUACAUACUACUCAACAUGGGAAACACUUGCUAGAAACCUCCCCGAGCUACUGGAGAGGAAAGAGCUUCGUGCUGCCGUGGAAAAAUCUGCGGUCCUUUCGACUGAAAAGUUGAGCACCGAGGAGGAAUGGCGUCGCGCGUACGUGACUCUGGUAUUUCUAGCACACGGCUAUAUUUGGGGCGGUGAGACACCCUCAGACUCUCUUCCCCCGCAAAUUACUGUACCGCUCUUGCAGGUAUCCAAACACCUCGACUUGCCGCCAUGUGCUACAUACGCGGGCCUGGUGCUGUGGAAUUUUGAGGGCACAAGCGAAGAGUUCCCUGAUGACUUCAGUAACCCAGACUUCGUGCACGCCGUCAACACAUUCACGGGGACCGAGUCGGAGUCCUGGUUCUACAUGCUCUCCGUGGCCCUCGAAGCGCAGUCCGCGUGGGUGAUGCCGCUGAUGGUGGAAGCCAUUGACGCCACACACAGCCGCGACUACACCAAAAUGGCCAAGGGCCUGGAGCAGAUCAUCGUCGCCAUCCAGAAGAUGGACGAGCUGCUGAAGAGGAUGUACGAGAAGUGUGACCCGGAUAUCUUCUACAAGAAGAUCCGACCAUACCUCGCAGGCAGCGCCAACAUGGAGGCUGCAGGAUUGCCGAACGGCGUCUUCUAUGACGAAGGCAAUGGCAAGGGCUCAUGGCAGAAGCUCAUGGGCGGCAGUAACGGACAGAGCUCGCUCAUCCAGUUUUUCGACGUCGUGCUUGGCGUUGAGCACACGGGAGGCGCCGAUCAAGCGUCCGUGCCAGCGGAAAAGGCCAUGGGCUACCACGAGAAAGUCCGCACCUACAUGCCUGCACCGCACCGACAGUUCUUGGUGGACUUGGCGCGGAUGGGCAGUCUGCAGGAGUUUUCUUCGACGCCACAGCCCGAUGCAGGCUUUCACAAUGUUAAAAAGCUCUAUCAGCUCGCGUGCAAGACCAUGGGCGACUUCCGCUGCACGCACAUCCAAGUUGUCACCAAAUACAUUAUUAUCCAAGCAAGGAAGCAGCCAGUGGGCAAGACGCUCAACCUUGCGAAGGCUUCUUCCAAGUCUGGGAGCGAAUCAGAAUUGAAGGGAACAGGCGGUACUACGCUUAGUGGUUUCCUGAAACAGUCACGGGAUGAGAGUUACGAAGCAGGACGUGUGCCUGACGAAGUUAAAGUGCCAGUAUCAAGUGCUGAGCGUGGGUAG